CGGCGACGGGAAGUGCGUGGCCGCCGGGGCCAUGGCGGCGCUGGGUGUGUUGUGGCUGCUACUCGGGGCGGCGUGGACGCCGCGCGGCGCGGCUUCGGGCGAGGAGUUCUGGCCCGGCCAGUCGGCGGCCGAUCUCCUGUCGGGGGCAGCGGCACGCAGGCGGUACCUGCUGUAUGAUGUCAACCCUCCGGAGGGCUUCAACCUGCGCCGUGACGUGUACAUCCGCGUGGCCUCGCUGCUCAAGACACUGCUCAAGAGCGAGGAUUGGGUGCUGGUCCUGCCACCGUGGGGCCGCCUCUACCACUGGCAGAGCCCGGACAUCCGCCAGGUCCGCAUCCCCUGGGCCGAGUUCUUCGACGUGCCCAGCCUCAACAGGAACAUCCCAGUCAUCGAGUACGAGCAGUUCAUCGCAGAGUCUGGCGGGCCCUUCAUUGACCAGGUGUACGUGCUGCAGGGCUACGCCGAGGGCUGGAAGGAGGGCGCGUGGGAGGAGAAGGUGGACCCGCGGCCUUGCCUCGACCCGCUGCUGUACUCGCAGGACAAGCACGAGUACUACAGAGGCUGGUUCUGGGGUUAUGAGGAAACCAGGGGCUUGAACGUCUCGUGCCUGUCAGUCCAGGGCUCCGCCUCGAUCAUGGCGCCGGUGCUGCUGCGGAACACUUCUGCCCGGUCGGUGAUGUUGGACAGAGCUGAAAACCUGCUGCAUGACCACUACGGAGGGAAGGAGUACUGGGACACCCGGCGUAGCAUGGUGUUUGCCAAGCACCUGCGGGCGGUGGCUGACGAGUUCAGGAGCAGACACCUCAACUCCACUGAUGACGCGGACAGGACGCCCUUCCAGGAGGACUGGACCAAGAUGAAGGUCACGCUGGGCUCGUCCCUCGGGGGCCCAUACCUGGGCGUCCACCUCAGGAGGAAGGACUUCAUCUGGGGGCACAGGGAGGACGUGCCCAGCUUGGAAGGGGCCGCAAGGAAGAUCCGCAGCCUCAUGAAGACGCACCGGCUGGACAGGGUGUUCGUGGCCACGGACGCCAUCAGAGCUGAGUACGAGGAAUUGAAGAGGCUGGUGCCCGAGGUGGUGCGGUUCGAGCCCACCUGGGAGGAGCUGGAGCUCUACAAGGAUGGUGGGGUGGCCAUCAUCGACCAGUGGGUCUGCUCGCACGCCAGGUUUUUUAUCGGCACCUCGGUCUCCACGUUUUCUUUCCGGAUUCACGAAGAGAGAGAGAUCCUGGGCUUGGACCCCAGGACGACCUACAACAGGUUCUGCGGCGACGAGGAGAAGGUGUGCGAGCAGCCCACCCACUGGCCGAUCACGUACUGAGCCACCGGCCCUGGUCAGCGCGGGACAGGCCCUGCUGGCCCCUCGCCCGCGAGG